AUGCACUGUGUCGGUUUGGAAAUCGCCAAUAAACUUGACAGAAGAAGAAGAAGGCGGUUCUUCAAAUCCUUGAGGAUGCCGUUGAUUAAAUACGACUGUCCUUACAAGGACACUCUGGGCCCAAUGCAGAAAGAGCAGGCUGAACAGCUCGGACCUUCUACUGGAGAUAAGGAGAAAUCUGCUGGCUGUGCUGAACCAGAACCUGCACGGCCGGUGCAAAAUAAGACUGGCAAGUAUGUGCCCCCAAGUCUAAGGGAUGGAGGCGCACGAAGAGGAGAAUCCAUGCAGCCCAACCGCAGAGAUGUUGUCUAUCAUCUGUCCUUUCAGUGUAGAUGUACUGUAUUUUCUCAUGACAACGCUACCAUCCAUGUGACCAAUCUGUCUGAAGGCACUCGUGAGAAAGAUUUACAGGAGCUCUUCAGACCAUUUGGAUCUAUCUCCAGGAUCUAUCUGAUCAAGGACAAGAACACGGGACAGUCAAAGGGCUUUGCCUUCAUUAAGUUCAGUCGUCGGGAGGACGCAGCCAGAGCCAUCGCAGGAGUGUCGGGUUUUGGAUACGAUCCUCGUCUUAAUGUUGACUGGGCCAAGCUGUCAAACAACUGAUGACUCAACCAGAAUAUUCCAUGAUGAUGCCAGAUUUUGUUGAACUGAAAUGUGGCUCUUACCAAAAUAAAUUCUUCAGCUUUUCAGAA